AUGAUAUGUGGGUCCCUCAUGGCGGUUGCAAACGGCUUGAUACCUUCUCUGGGAGCCAUGAUUUAUGGAAAACUUACUGACGAGCUUGUCAUCCGCGAAAACUGGAAUUGUACUCUAAACGAAAGCGUUACAAAUUUACUGCUAAGGAAUGUGGUGACCUUGGAAAUGGUUCAGCCCCGUGGGUUAACAGCUAUAAAUGCCACAAAAACAAAGUCUGUUCAAGUGAUAGUAAACGAGACUGGAAUUAGAGUGAAGGUUGUUGGUUUGAAUGGAAGACUGCAGCAUAAAUCGGCUCUUGAUGAAAUUAAUGCAACAUCUCCUUCAGUAGUUCUAAACGGCACUGCUUUGAACGGAACAAAGUUGAUGGGAAUUAUUGUCAUGGGAACGCGUGUUGAAAUGGUUAAGUUGAAAGAGAAAGCGUUUUUAAACGAAAUAACGAAAGAAGAAGAAACAAGAAAAGCAAAAGGAGAGGAAAUCAUCGGUCAUUUUAAUGAAGGAAAACAUAAAAUGAAAAGUCCUCUUAAAAAAAAUGGGAAAGAAAGUCAUGUAAGUUUCUUUUAUUUCAAACGUGAGGCUGACAUUUUCAGUAACCAAUUAGGUUACGCAAGUUCGAAAAAGCAAUUAAUGGAAGAGGGCUUUGGAAAUUCAAGGAAAACUAAACGAGAACUUGAGUCUUAUGGAAAGAAAGUUUUCAUCGAAGGUAAAACUUCUAAACCUGUCGUUGAUUCUCAAUUGGAUUUCGAGAAACAUUUUGUCGGCAAGCAUGAGGAAACAAGGAAAACAUACAAGCCUUUUUCAAUGGAAGCAUAUCGUAGAGAGAAAAGUGAGUCUAAAGUGAAGAUGAAUUCCGAUAACACAAGAAAAAAAACCGAGAGGAACGUAAUUGACAAGAAAUCAACAGUACAGCCGUCAAAUAGAACAAACAGAGAAACCAAUCAAAAGUUUUCCGAUGACGGCAUUAAUGUUGGUCAAGUCCAGAGUAUUAAGAAAUUACCUGCGGCUCCCACACCCACAAUCCUACCUGAAACAAAUAACGUAAACUACACGCUAAGAAACAUCACGAGAUCUUGCCGCUUGAUACAGGACAGAAUUGAGGAGAACAUGAGCAAAUAUGCUCUGUAUUAUGUUUACGCCGCCAUUGGAACCUUGGUUUUUGCAUACGGACAGAUGGUGAUGUGGAACAUAGCUUCCGAGCGAGGGGUUAGAAACUUGAGCGAGAAUUUAACCGAUUCAAUGAUGGACAAGGACCCAGGAUUUUAUGAUACCAAGAUACACGAAGGCGUGGUCAACCUACAAGGCCUCACGUAAGUAAAAGACAUCUUGCAACAGACCCUUUUAUAAUGAAAAUAUUGCUCAAGCACUAAAAAAUCUCAUAUUUAUACAUCUCAUGAUGCAUUUAGACUGGAAGUCACGAUUCACUCCAAAGAGGGAGACGGGGGUGGGAAGGGAUUAGAAACUUGAGAGUCUCUGGGAGGAGGGGUGUUAAUCAAAGCGUAACAUUAAUGGUUGAGCACUAAGGUUAAGGUAUAAUGUAUUUAUAUUAGAAUAACUUCUGACUAUUUUUGUUUCACAGAGAUCCACAGGAAGCUAUAAGUCAAAGCGACUUGAACGCGCUCAGCGGGGGACUAGGAGGAGAAAUCGCUUACAUGAUUCAGAGUUUGUCGAGUAUGUUGUCGGGAUUUCUGGUCAGCUUCGUAGAAAACUGGAAAAUCACGUUAGUGAUGAUGGCUGCUGGACCUGUGCUAGUAGCAGUUCAGGGAAUAACCGACAAGGUAAGGUAGAGUGUUGAUCCACCUGAUGUCGACCUAUUUCCAAUUUCACAAGUGGACUUUGUGUAGAUAUAACGGAGGGUCUUAAUACGGUGAUGAAAUUUACGGAUAAACGUUAUUCCAUGGAAAAUGCGCACGAACGAUUUACUCACGAGUUGCAAUGCAUCAACUGAAAAAACGAACGAGUGAGGUAGGUGGGUAAUUUUUUUGAUGCUUCAGAUCGAGUGAAUAAAAAUCGUUCAAGCAAAUAUUUUUAUUUCAUACAUACUUAGAUUUGCACUGUGAAGUACAAAGCGAAAGACUGUCAAAUCACAUCGUUCGUCCAAUCAGAGACACGAACGAUAGCAAUUCACAGUGUAAAUCUUAGUAUGUAUAAAAUAAAAAGAUUUUUGACAUUGAGAUCCUCUUAUCAUGGUAGGUAAAUAAAGAUUUACGUUUUCGCUGGUGCGAUGCUGAUUUUAUUUAUCCGCCAUUUUUAACAGGUUCAAACAUUUGUCAUGCAGCAGAAGGAAGAGUUGAUGAAACGCGCCAGUGGAUUGGCCAGGAAGAGCAUGGGGUCGAUAAAAACGGUGGCGUCAUAUGCUGGGGAGAGGUUAGAGAAGGCUAGGCAAGUAAAUAACAACACAUGAUCAAAUGAACUGAGCCCCUGAUAUUUCAAUUCAAGGAAGAUAAUUUCGCUGCCAAUCGUUUGUAUCGAGCCAAUAACCUUUUUCAGUCAGUCAGGCUGUCAAAACGGUCAUUCAAUCAGUCAGUCAAUCAGGAAUUGAAAAACCCAGGUGAUCAGGUGGUCUGUCAAUCGUCAUUAAACCACUCAUCGUCUGACAGUCAGUCACACAGUCAAUCGGUCAGUCAGUCACUCAGUCAUACAGUCAGUCAGUUAGUUGGUUAGUCAGUAAGUCAUUCGUCAGUAAUACAGUUAGUCAGUCAGUCGUCAGUAAUAAAGUCAGUCAGUCAGUCAUUCUGUCUGUCAUUCUGUCUGUCAUUCAUCAGUAAUUCAGUCGUCAGUAAUAAAGUAGUCAGUCGUCGGCAAUACAGUCAGUCAGUCAGUCGUCAGUUGUCAGUAAUAAAGUCAGUGAGUGAGUCAGUCGUCAGUCACAGUCAGAGUCAGUCGUCAGUAAUACAGUCAGUCAGUCAGUCGUCAGUAAUAGUCAGUCGUCAGUAAUAUAGUCAGUCACUCAGUCAGUCAUUCGUCAGUCAUACAGUCAGUCAGUCAUUCGUCAGUAAUACAGUUAGUCAGUCAGUCGUCAGUCUUCAGUAAUAUAGUCAGUCACUCAGUCAGUCAGUCGUCAGUAAUAUAGUCAGUCACUCAGUCACUCAGUCGUCAAUAAUACAGUUAGUCGGUGCCUCAGUCAGUUAGUAGGUCAAUCGCAUAGUCAAUCAAAACGAUAAGUAAAAAUGACAUUUCUCUCAGAUUUUUGCAUAUCGCAUUGUAUCCUAAUUCCUGACAACGAAUUGUCCAUAGUUCCUUGUUCAUAAAGCUUUGUUAAACUGCAGAUAUUCUGGUAAAGUAGAAGCAGCAAACAAUCUCAAUAAACUCAAAAGUCUCAUUCUUGGUGUGCAAAAGGGACUCACCACUUUACUGGCUUUUGGUUUCCUUGGCUUGGGUUUUUGGUAAGUAAAAGUAGAUAAAAGUUAAGACAAUGUAAUACAAUUUUUUCUCGACAUGUGUUUCCGGGAGUGGUUAUGUGAGUCAAUUUUUGCUUAGGUAUGUACCGCUGGUCUGUCAGAACCUCUCCCCAUUAUAGUCUGUUCUUUUGUCAGUUAUUAACCCCAUCUUGGUCACUUUUGGAAAAUGUAAUUCUCGCUAUCCCAACUUAGUGAAGAACGGAAUGUUAAAUAUCAAAUAUUAAAACAACACCACGAAAUUCAUCGAAAACUUUUUAAACCACGAAUCUUUCCAUUAUUAAUUUCCUACUUACAAGAAGUUUUUUAACACCAAAAAUCCCGACCCCAUUUUAAUAACUCUUUAAAAAAUGCAAACCUAUAAUAGUCAAUCCAGUCGUGAAGAUGCGACCCCAUCCAAUUGACUCUGCUUUUCAGUUAUUUUAAAAGGAAUAAACUUGAAUUUCUUUGGAACCUAUCUAGGUAUAGUUCUACUCUACUACCAGGUGGAAGUAUCACUCCAGGAGCUGUGAUGACGGUUGGUCAUGUUUUAACUUUAUUGCUUUUAGUUACUGAUUACUGAUUACUGAUUGAUUAAAGAUUGCCCGUUUAUCUGUGUGUAUGUCUUUUCAGCUUAACCAUGAUGACCAUCAAUUCUCGACUGGAUCAAUUGACACAUUGUAGAGCUAUGAUCAGUGAAAAAAUAAUUGUUCAUUUUAUCUCUGUAGAUAUUUAUGGCUAUCAUCUCUGGUGUGAUGCAAAUGGCAGGUACUGGAGAGCAACUUGAAGAUAUCGGUGACGCCAGGACGGCGUUAUCAUCAUUGCUUGGAAUCUCAGAGGUAAUGAGACAGGUUCUAAUACUCUUAUGAUAUUCACUACUUGAGAUGUCGCAUAGACAUUUUCGUUUCAGGACUUUUCGCGCACUAACAUCGCUCGAAACGCGCAGGCUACGCACUAAAGAGAGCCUCCACGCAAGAUACACAAACUCAAAGAAGACGUGGCAAAGUACCCUCUGAGGUGCUGCAAAGAGGUCACGCAACUUUCCAUGGCGAUACAUGGCACUACAUAUGGAGCAAACUAAUUUGGAGGUUUUUAUCUUCCUUCCUAGACCGAUGAAGACCCCUUUGACAAGGCCACUAGUCAGCUUGACACAGUUCUUGGUAAACUGGAUGUGUUUAACGUGCACUUCCAUUAUCCUUCUCGACCUGAAUAUCAGGUAUGUCAAACAAGGGUAUGCUGUUCGUCCGAAGUUCUUUCGUUAAUUGCAAAAAAAAAAGAUAAAAGAAAGAAAUUGUCGUCAACUGCUUGCGUAACAUCUCAGGUCAUCUAAAUGGAUUUUUCUUUGAACGAUUUUCUUAUUUUUGACUCGUGUUUGUAAAUUGAAGAAUACACAAAUUUCUCUCUUACUUUAUUGCACAGGUCCUUAAAUCCAUCAAUUUGACAGUGGAAGAGAAUCAGACAGUUGCUCUGUUGGGAGACAAGGGCAGCGGAAAGAGCGCGUUGAUAAAAUUGCUCCAGCGAAUUCAUGAUCCACAAACUGGGAAAGUAGGUUUACAAGUCUCAAAAGAUGGCCAUAAUUCCCUUUUCCCUUCUUUUUGUCUCUGCGCGAUCUGAAAGCACUAAUUUGACGUUUCAGCCGUUGAAUUUCCCGCUCUGUUCGCGUUUUGGCUUGACCUAUCUCUCUUAAAUAUACCGGAGACGCAGUGCGCUUGAAAAUGUUUGGUAUCGGUGUCGGACAUUCUAGAUUUUAAUGUUCGCGGAGAAAUACCACUUUUUCUUGCGUAAAUAACGUCUUUGACCUUUUUUUUAGGAUUGUAAGUAAAGAGUUAUGGUUAAGUGAGAAAUCUUAAUUCAACGUAGGAACCUUCUGUGACGCAUAUAUUUGGCAUCCGACCCAGAAUAAGUAGUAUUGUUUUAAUGAAUCGUACGUCCCCGCGCGAAGGUUUUUUGAUAAGCUUAACCUUAUGCUAACCUUAUCUUCACAUUAUAAGGUGCGACUCGACAGGCAAGAUGUUCGUUUUCUUGAUCGACGCUGGUAUCGCCGGCAAAUUGGCAUCGUCCACAAGAAACCUGAGUUUUUUAACACGUCAGUAGCAGAUAACAUUGCUUACGGAAAAGGUGAAGCCACUUUGAAAGAAAUAGUGCGCGCUGGAAAGGUGGCUGGGGCGCAUGAAUUCAUCUUAACCUUACCACACGUACGUGAAACAAGUUAUUUUUCAAACAUUUCUAUGACGUAGAAAAUAUUUCACUUGUUCUGUGAGGGCAUAGUAUAAAGAAAUCCGAAGAAACGAACUCCAGGCCUUCGGAUUUGGCCCUGCGAUGUUCAACCACUGAGCCAGGGCAAACGAUGGUGAACUAGGGAAUAUACAGGGUUCCUAUGUAACAUGCUGUCUGUAUAAUGCUGAGAUUAGCAAAGAAGAAAGCGUCAAAGCUCUGAGUAAAGUUUAAAAUAUAGUCAAUGUCCUAUGCUCCUAAAAAUUAGACGACCGUGCCAAGAGUUUAUUACCUUCCUUAUUCUGUUUUCUGCAAAUGGAGUAAUAAUUCCAUCAAAUGAUGGAGGAAAAUUAUUUUGCUUAUAAUCCAGGGAUACGCUACGGUGCUAGGUGAUGACGGAUCUCCGCUGACUUCUUAUCAGAAACAUUUAAUAGCGUUGGCACGGGCAUUGAUCAGAAAUCCUCGGAUAUUGUUGUGGGAGGAAGACUUGUCUAUCAUGGACAACUUUGCCCUUGAUGCUUUGACAAACUACUUGAACCAAGUACGUGCCUUAAUAUCAACUUUAUUUCUGCUCUAAUGUAAACACCACAGUUUUACAAAUCAAACUAUUGACGCACAAACUUGGUUUACCUCUUGAAGCUUGCCCUUCUACUCUCAUAAUAAUAUAACUUGUAACUUUUCUUUACAAUAUCAAAAACACGAGUUGCCUGACACUAUAACAAACCACACUACCUAAUUUACAAGGAAAGUAUAGAAGUAAGACGAAUCAGAUCUCAGUAAAAAUGUUAGCGUCAAUAAAUAUCCCGUUUUAUCCUCAGCAUGAUGGUAAAAUGGUUUUUUACAAAGUGUACAUCGUACCGCAAAGACCUAGAACUAAUUCAUUAGAUAUCUGCCUUAGCAUGAAUUAUAAAUUCCAUAUAAAUGAAAAUAAAGGAGAGUCAAUCAAUACUUGGUAUGAUAGGUUUUUCCUUGUCAACUUGUUAUAUAAAAUGUGGAACGUUUUAGGCAAGGCUUGGCCGCACCACGGUAAUUUCAACAAGUCACGUGUCCGUAGCGCGUAUAGCAGACACUAUUGUUGUCCUUCAUAAUGGUGAGAUAAUCGAACAGGGGAGUCCCAAGGAACUUAUGAUGUCAGGAGGGGCAUUCAGAUAUCUGGCUGCUUUACAGGUCAGUUGACGUUAAUUGGGUUUUAUGCCAGCUUUCUGUACCGAGAGUUACAUGUUCCUGGUAGUUCUGAAACAUUUUCCCCCUUUUCUCCAUGUUAAUAUCGAUAACCAGAAAGUUGGACGAUGCAAAAAAAGAAAGAAAAGGAAAGUUGGUCAAGUCGGCCUACUUCUAUGCGUUGUCACGCACCGCUCCCUUGCGCGACAUUUCAAAGAACGACUCGGUGCAAAGGAGGCUGUGGUGUAAUCUCUCUAGGUCUCUAAAAGAAACUAAGGAAAUAUUUAAUAACUUACGACUUGUUAACUUAAAGACACUUAAAACUGUUCCUUUUUCAGUAUUUUGAAUCUCAGACGCUACACCAAGAGAAAUUAUUGAAGACUGGUGAGACAAGCCUCUCCAUCGUAUUGUGCAGUUUAAGAAUUAUUUAGGAUCUGAGCUCAGCUAAACUUUUUUUUAUGUGAUUUACAGUACCAGUUGCAUCGGAAGUGUCGCUGUUUAAGGAUGGCAUCGAAGAGCUGGAAUCUGGUUUGACGCAGACCCAAGAAGAGACUAGAGAGCAAGUGAAAGGCUUCGUAUCCAAGAUCCGACACAUGAUCCAAGAAAAGGUGACAUAAGUUCUUGAUUCAGCUAAAACAAAUAAGUAAUGAUCUUUUUGUGUGUGUGAAAAAGGACAUGAUGAUGUGAAAGUGAAAUCUUGAGCGUCUUGUAGUCGGCCAAACUACCUGCUUACCUCCCACCUAACUUUUCUCUCUUUCUCUCUUCCUCACUCCUCCCUCCCUUCCCUCGCUUCCCCCCUCCCUUUAGCUACCUGUCCAGCUACCCCGUUGCAUGUACCUACGUACCCGGCUGUCUGUUUCUUAGUCUUUCUGCCUAUUCUAUAACGUAAUUGCCUAGCUUCCUACCUACCUUACCUACCUACAAUCUUCCCUGCCGCUUUCUUUUGAAAAUGGAUUAAAAGAGCAGUUCUGCGUUCAAUCAAAAAUUUUUGAGAGCAGGGAUGGCACAGUGCGAAGAGUUCCCCUCGCCCUCCGCUGUAGCUUGGGUACGAUUCUUGCAUCUAGUGUCACAUGCGGGUUUAGAUUUAUGAUUGGUUCUAGUCAUUUCCUCGAGGGUUUUGUAUUCUUUAUUCUGACUCGAUCCGAAAAAGCGAAGAGCCUCCUGGUAUCACGACUAAAGAAGUACAAUUGUAAUCCUAUUCUGGCAGGCGCAGCCGAGAUCCCUUCUAUAUACAAAAUAUCAACACCAUUUUCUUUGGGAAUCAAGGCACUUAUUCUUCGUUUCCUCUGUUAGUUUAUAUAGCAACGAAAUAUAGUGAGCAGUUAUGUGGUUUCUUGUUUUUAAUAACUGACUAAUAUUUAAACAUCGCAUUUCAGUUAAACGAAGGAGAGGCUGCAUACAAAAUGAUAAGAAUGCAGCUUCAAGACCUACCACUGUUGUUAUCGGGGGCUCUAGGAGCAGCCAUCACAGGAAUGAUCGCCCCAGGCCUCUCAUUUCUAUUUGGAGAGAUACAAAAGGUGGCAUUUAUACACAGAAGAAUAUGAACUAAGCUUAUUUGUUCUGGCUCUCUCCUGGAAAAGCUACAUAUCUUAAGGCGCUAUUAAUUCUUUACAAAACUGCUAUACAAUACUGUAACACUAUAUCACUGUUGAUAUUCCAAACUGGUUUGCCUAAAAUGAUAUCUUUAAAUUUCUUUUUGAAUCAUAUGUUUGGAUUCGUUUUAAACUGCACAUUUCUUUUUUUCUUUGUAGUUUAUGAAUGAUCCUCUAAGAGUUGCUCGUGAAGGACCCUUCUGGGCGAGUAUGUUUGUUUUACUUGGAGCAGUAGUAGGAUUUGGUGGCACGAUCGAGGUAAGAAUCUCUUUUGCUUCGCAGCGGCAAUAUAUCAGAAACGGAAAACAUUGCAUGAACGGUGCAGGUAAUAGACUAACUGCUUAUCACAAUAGUACAUCAGAAAAAUGAGUUCAACCGCAUUUUUAAUAACGUACGGAAUAUGAAGGCUGCCGUCAACUAAGAUGCAGGACACUCGAAAACGGGUGCAAAGUUUCAUUGGGCUGAAAAGGUCAAGCUCUGAAUUGUCAUGGAAGGAUUUCGAUCCAUUUUAAUUUAGAAUCGCUAUUUUGGCUCUGAGAAUCAGAAUUCGCAUGCUAUAGAAACGUGUAUUACUGUUUUUUUUUCUCUCUAAAUUAAUUCUUAAGUUCAUCUCAAGUUAUUUUGGUUUUGAUUCUGAAUAAAACUAGACAUUGUUUUAUUCAUAUAUUACAUAGUUACAAAUUUCUUUAUACUUUCAAUUUCAGAAAUUUAUGCUCACCUUUGCUACGGAGAAGUUAAAGACACCACUCCAAAAACUGGCCUUUGAAACAGCAAUAAACAAAGUAAGGGUUUAAUCUCAUUUCUUUCUAAAAUCACUCAAGACAAAAAGGUGCUAACGUCUGUGAUCUCACAAUUAGAACUCAGCGCCUCAAAAUUCAGGGAUAGGUGACGUAUUUCCUGGUAGUGGUGGGCAGAUUCCCCAGUCUACAGGUUUUGACCUCCCAUUCGUUCCUGGCGUUCCCACACAGCAGUUUGGAAUUCCCUCUCAAACGUUACCAACAGGAAUGGAUGGAUUGCCAACCUUCCAAAUUCCUGGGAUGGGUGAUGGCCUUCCUCUCACGCCUGAAUCUGGAGGAGGGUUAGCUCAGUCUAAGGGAAACCCCUUCGUAGCAGUUCCUAGUGUUGGAACGCAGCCGUUUGGAAUCCCUUCUCAAUCAUUACCCUCCGGAAUGGAAGCUCUUACGUCUGGUAGAAUUCCGGGGAUGCCUGAUGGUACAUCAUCGAUAUUUCCUGGAUCAAUAGGACCGUUUCGUGGUGAACAGCAGUCAACGCCAAUGAGCUUACCCACUGUUCCUGGUUUACCAUCAGAGCAGUUGCCAUCUCUAGAAGGGAUUUCUUCCGAAUCGUUAUCAUCAGGCUUGCAAGGACGACUGUCUGAACAAAUCGCAGGAAUGGGUGAUGCAUCUCCUGUAUUUCCUAGAGCCAGUGGGCUGAGUGUUCCUCCUGUCCCUGGUGUGCCUUCAGAACAAUUGCCAUCCUUUGGAGCAAUUCCUCCCGAGGUUUUAUCAUCAGGCAUGAAAGCAAUUCCCUCUGGCCAGAUUCCACAAACGAGUGACGCAUACGCACCUCAGCCAAUGGGACUAAAUCUACCUUCUCUUCCUGUUGUGCCCACAGAGCUUUCACCCUCACAAAUACAAGGUAACAUUCCAGCACGAGUCAGUCCACAAGGAGUCAAUCCUUGUGGAUUGGGACUUGAAUAAAGACUUCCUAGUAAUUUGACACAGCUUAGUCCAACAGGAGUAACAGAGCUUGCAUUAAACAAUCCCCAGUUGCACGUUUCUGGCUUAAUACCCGGCUCAUUACCGUUUGUAGGGAUUCCAACAGGAGUGGCAUCAGCCGGAGGAGUGGUACCUUUACCUGGUACACCCAUGGAAGGUUAUGGGGCAUUCGUACCCGGCUCGCAGAUUAGUUCUGGUGAGGUGCCUCAUGGAGGUUUACCUUCCACGUAUGGUGUUGUGCCAGCUGGAACACAAUAUAAUAGGAAGAACGUGCCUUCAUUUGCUGAUCAACGAGGGAUUCAAGAUUUAGAGGGAAUAGGGCUCCCCCCAAAUAUACCAAACCCACGACCAGAUCUAUUGGUGAGUUGCAAACCACUUGAAUAAUUCGGUAUGAUGAAAUUUCCCUCUUAAUCUCAGCUAACCUUAAGCCUUCAUUUAGAGACCUAAAAUUUCUUUUCCUUCAUAAUUCAGGCACGUGUAGCGGGCCUGUACAUCUUUGAAAACACUAGCACUUUGUGUUCAAGUUUAUCUUUAUACAACUGAGGAAUAUGUAGAACUUGGGCAAGCGCUUGAAGUUAAGAAAAUUGAAAGUAACGGCCGCUUGAAGUUAAAAAAAUUGAAAGUAACGGCAAUAGCUUAUUUCUGUUUGCCUUUAGGUUUUGCCAGAUCCACAACAGCAAGCGGAUCAACUCAUGAGCCAAGUUGAAAAGGAUGUAGAGGCAGCUUUACAAAAUGUGAGUGUCUCUUAAAAGCUGAGGUUGACGUUCCUUAAUCUAAUAUAACCUGUUUCCCAGUCAGCCUUGCUGAGAAUGUUUCAUAGAAUAAAGUUUGAGAUCACUGAUCGUCGUUGUUACGGUAGAUUUGAGGUAUCAGAGCAGAAGUGUCCGAGAUACAAUGUUAAAAUAUUAUAAUGACUCUUAGGGCAUCAAUAACUUGUCAUGUUGAAAUAUCUUAAACCAAAGAACUAAUGUAAUUCUUUAAAAUCUAGCUAUUUUUGUGUUUGUGUUCUUAAGCCACACUUGCGGAGAAAAAGAAAAGCGUGUCCCAAGGUUCCGUUUGCGGUGAAAAAAAAUUUUAUAGAGCCAAUUGAAGAAGAUUAUCCUGCUUAGUUUUGCCGAAAAUUGUGUGUAGAAACGGAUGGCUGCACGAACGUACAGCCGAAUUGACACACACAGAAUAUGUGCUAUGAGGUACAAUGAUGCUCUCGCUCUAUCAGUCUAUAGGAAAAUACCUUGGUCCCAAAGUACAGGAGACCAUUUCGUCAGUAUCAACGCUCGGCAUGGCUCUUUACAAUGGAUGGAAGAUGACCUUGGUGGUGCUUGCUGGACUGCCAAUAAUUGGGCUGGCUAAUCGGAUUCAACAGAACGAAGCUGACGCCACGGUGGAACCGGAAGGGGUCGAAGCAGUAAGUGCACCAUGUUGAUGCAGAUCCUCUCUUCUGUUUAGAAAGACAUUGUGAGUACUGGCUUUCUAUGUCUCUCUAUGUCUCUAUUAAAUUACACCUCGAUAUUUUUUCUGGCUGUAAUUGCAAUGACUCUGACUUUGAAGAAAAUUUUUUGCUGUCUCAGAAAUUUUAAAAUAACGAAAAAUUUCGACGAAACUCCUUUUUUCACAUGUUUUCUGUAGAAAGUUACCAAUGUAUAAUGACAAAUUUGUUCUAAAAUGUUAAUUACGUGGUAUUUCUACGGACAGACUCGAUUUAAAUCAGUUCUCGAAUAUAUUUGAAUAAAUUUUAAACAAAAGGCCCUUUUGCUCAUCGUUCCAUUUUUUCUUUUCAAUCGUAGCUCAUGAAAACAAGCUUCAAGAAAAUGGAAACAAUUUCCGCCCUUGGAAUGGAAAAUAAAUUCGCGAAGAAAUACAAGGAUGCAAUCUUCGAAAAAUAUAAGUAAUAAAUAAUACUUGUGUUCCUAAUCUUUACUUACUUUUCGAAGAUAAUGAUAUUAAUCAUCAACUACAUUUUUUUGUAGCUUACAGCUUCUGUUGUGCGGUGACCAAAAAAUUUUCUGAAAGAAGACGCACAAUGGACCAUAUUUAUAUCCUCAGACUAUAAAGCGUAGUUUUCGUGCUAAUCUCUCUACAGGCUCUCUCUCUCUCUUUUCUUGUAAAACAAGUUCGCAGAAUUUAACUUUUAGUAACAAUCUCUUCACUUCAAAAAGUACCCUAUUUCAAACUCAUUACGCCUUCAAUCUGAGGACACUAACUACUACUUAUCACCUUCAUUGAGUCAGAAAUUUUGACUGUAUUCAGUUAUCAUUGCUCAACCGUUGACUUUCCUUUCUCACAGACAGGCGUUGAAGAAGAUUAUUGCCAGUGGUUUUGCUUUCGCUUUGGGACAAGCUAUGGUGUUCUUCAUUUACGCAGGUGCACUUAGGUUUGGAUGUUACCUAAUCAGCAUAAGGGAUAUGGCUGCCAUUGAAGUUUUAGGGUAAUUUUCCAUUUUGUUCUCGUCACUCCUACUAACUUAAUGUCAAGUGGUACAAGCCGUUACAUAGAGAAUAAUACAUGGGCGCGUGUAGAUAUGGAAUUUCUCUUCGUGUGUUUAACUCGAUAGCUUAUGAGUGAGCGCAACGAACGAAUGAGAUGUCGAGUUGAACACGAGAAGAGAAAUUCCAUAUCUACAAGCAACAACAAGUAUGUAUUAUUUUGUUUAUCAUAUAAACACAAUAGCCCUUUACUGAAAAGAAAAUCCGACUUCAUUAAUGAAUGAAAAUAAAUUAAUCGGCAAUCCCCGAAUAACAAUCGUAGAGUGGUGCGUUGGCGCUAACUCUUAGGAUGGAAAAAAUGCGUUGAAUCAUGAUUACAAAAAACAACAAUGAUCGUAAUUUUCAAUUUACAAAAUUCUAAUUUACUGACUCUGUCCUUACCGACAGUAGAAGUCUUUCAGGUUAACGGCCAAAAUCGGCCUCUGGCAAAUCUUCCAGUUGUCAAUUUUCAUUCCCAGCAGAGAGAAAUGCUAACACCAAAGCCACUGAAUGUGUAACUUUCGGUUUUUCUUUUAGCAUAUUGAUUUCCUUCCCCUUCUAAGAAAUUUUGAACCUCACAGUCUGUCAGCGAUACGGAUUUUUUAGCCGCCAUAAUUCGAGAAAGCUCCGACAAACAACUUGAACUGAGAAUUGUGAAGGCUUUGCUGUUCACAUUGUGGUGCCAAAGGCGAGUGACAUGUCAGCAGCUGAUUGGCUAUAUCACCACACGUGAAAAAAUACGAUUUUUUUUCACGUGUGUUGUUGCGGCUUUUCUCAGAGCUGGAAAUCCCUGUAUAACACCGCAGUUUAUGUGAUAAAAAUAUUUCUCCUUUUGUUUUAGAGUGUUAAUGACUGUACUGUUUGGUUCGUAUGCAACGUCAAGCUCUCGAGCGCCGUCCCACGCGCAUGAAGAGAAUGAAGAUUCGCUGAACAGACUCUUUGACGACGAGACACCAGACGUGCAAGAUCACAUUGGUGACAAGUUGGUGAGCUUUUACAUUGAUUAAUUUGUGAGUUUACCAUUAGUUAAUGAGGCUUCAAUAAUCUCUCUGCCUCGUUCCUUUGAUUUGCUGGUGAACUAAAAAGUUUCCAACUGAGAUGUCAUGCAUGAAAGUUAAGAGAUGGUUUAAUAAAAGGAAAAAGUUGUUUAUGUUUUACCAAAAAAAAAAGAUGUUGUAAGGAAUCACUUAAAUAUAUGAAUAACAGAAAAACCGUGCGAUCAAAAGUCUGGUUAUUGGUAUCAGAAGAGUUUGAAAGUUAUUAAACUAAAGUAAUUUUUCACGCAGGAUGAGGUUGAAGGAAACUUGGAGUUUAAACAUGUUGAACUUCCAGAUCCACUCCAUAACGACGCUCCGCUACUGAGCCAGCUGAACUUGAGGGUCAGCAGGGGACAAAAACUGGCUAUUGUUCAACUGGACAGCGAUAAAGUGAAUCCGUUUGAACUUUUAUUGGAGCGUUUCUUUGAUCCUGUCAAGGGAAACUUGGUAAACAUCAUAACUUCAUUUUGCAGUUUACAAUAAACACUUCUCUAAACGAUGUAACUUGCCUCAUAUCUAUGUAUGGAGCUAAAAAAUUCCAUUCAGUGAUCUUCUUUCAACAAAAUGUUAGUUAUUUGCUUUUUUGAACGCAUCAUCGACAAAUCCCGUCCCGCGCCAGGCAAACAAACAGUCAAACAAACAAACAAACAAACAAAAAAACCAGCAACAAGAGCGACAGCACGAAAGCAGAUCUUAAAAGGAUAAACUGCCUUAUUAAAAGGACGCAGUCUUUGAUCUUGAUUGAAAACAUUUUCUUACGACUUUAUCAUCUGUUGUCUUCAUAAAAUGGACACCUCUAUUUUCCUGAAUACGUCACUCAAUUAACUAAGCUUGCUCUGUAGUCAAUGGUGUAUACUAAAUUCUCCUUUGCCCGCAGCGUCGUCUAUCAUAUAUUAUAGCGAUUAGGGCUCGUUUGAAUGUACGUUUUUAACUCUGCAUUCGUUUUAGCUUUUAGAUGGAGCAGAUAUUCGCAAUCUGGAUCUUUCUUGGUUACGAUCCCAUCAUGCAGUAGUGUCCCAUCGAUGUUUCCUGUCACAUUACAGUAUUGCUGAGAAUAUUGCUUAUGGCGACAAAGGAAGACUCGUGACACAAACGGAAAUUGAGGACGCUGCCUAUUCAGCGUAUGCACACGAAUUUAUCGUGGAUUUGCCAAAGGUAAAGAACUGGUCAACUAAAUCGUACAGAUUGCUACAGUUUGAGUGACAAAUACUUAGAGUUGAUCUUCAAAAGAGAACAAUUGUUUGCGUUCGAGCCAAUAAAAUAGAAGGCUGAAAUAAUGAAGCAGAGAUAAAAGAAAGUGUUCCUCCCUAUAUAAGCACUAUAAAACAGCAGUUCUCCAAAAAUCUUCGGUUAGCAUAACUAAAUUCUUUUAAUUUUUUGCUAAAGUUUGAGGAAUGUGGUAUAGCAACGUCUGCGUUUCUAUCGUUGAUAGUGAUUCAUUAGUUUCCUGAUUCAUUGAUGGUUAUCAUGUAAAAAGUAAAGGUUUGAAAAAUAGCUCCAUAUGGAGAUAAGUUAUUCAUUUAUUCAACCUUUUCAAUGGGUUCGUUCUCGCUGUCUGUUUUAGAGUUAUGAAACAAUUCCUGAUGAAGAUCAAAUCAAAUUGAGCGAUAGUCAGAAACUAAGGAUCGUUAUAGCACGGGCAAUUAUCCGAGAAUCGCCAAUCAUCAUUUUAGAUGAGCUGGAAGAAGAAGAUCAGGUAUUAUGAUUAUAUUUAAGGAAAGAAAUUAGAACGAACGACUGUUAGAUUAUGCGUUCAUCUAUGCGUUCAUGUAUUGUCCAUUUUUUCAUUCAGUCAUUCAUUAACUCAGUCGUCCACCUAUGUGAAUCACGUAAACAGUCAGUCAAUUAGUCAGUCAGUCCUAUUACCAGCCGGUCAGUUCCUUUGUCCGGUUGUUCACACUCAGUCAGCCAGUCAGUCAACCAGUCAGUCGUUCAGUCAGUCUGCGAGCCAGCCAGUCAGUCGUUUGACAGUCAACGAGCCAGCCAGCCAGUCAGUCAGUCUGUCAUUCAGUCAAUCAGUCAGUCAGUCAGUCAGCCAGUCAGUCAGUCAGUCAGUCAAUCGGUCUGUCAUUCAGUCAGUCAGGCAUUCAGUCAGGCAUUUAGUAACUCACCCAGUUGUUCAGUCAGUCAGUGAACCAGCUAGUCAUUCAGUCUGUUAGUCGGUCGGUCAGUCUGUCAGAGGGUUGGCCAAUCAUUUAGUCACUCAGUCAAUCAGUGAUGUUUUCUUCCCAAUCUCGCGGCGUUUUCCAAUGAGUUUCAUGACUGCCUCAGAAGUAAAAUAACACGAUGAAUUGACCUAUUUUGGUCCGCAGGCUGUGACUGAUUUAGGCACUCACUCAGUUAUUCAGUCAGUCAGUCAGUGAGCCAGCUAGUCAGUCAGUCAGUCAGUUGGUCAGUCAGUCAGUCAGUCUGUCAUUUAGUCACUCAGUCAAUCAGUGAUGUUUUCUUCCCAAUCUCGCGGCGUUUUCCAAUGAGUUUCAUGACUGCCUCAGAAGUAAAAUAACACGAUGAAUUGACCUAUUUUGGUCCGCAGGCUGUGACUGAUGCCACUGAUAUCCUUUGCCGAGAUAAAACCUGUAUCAUACUCACAAGACGGAGACAAACAAUUGAAACUGCAGACUACAUUAUUCUUAUUUACCACGGGCGCAUACUUGAACAAGGAAGUUUGAAUGACCUUCUGGAGCAGAGACGCUUGUUUUAUUUAUUAACAAAUUUAGCAGACGCUGACGAGUUUUAG